AAUGUGGAGAAUUUUUGUUUGGAUUAUUUUAUUUAAUUCCGUUUGUGCGGUUAAAAACAAAGGUGAAUCUAGUAAUAAUCAAGGACAAAAGGCAACCGUAAAUGAAGAAGAAAUAUUUAUUGGAGAUGAUGAAAUAAUUAAAAAUAUAAAUUCUGCUUUUCCAGGUAAUCUGGAUAUUUUGAAAAAAUGA